AUUCAUCAGAUGGAAGUCUAAAAGCCUCUACACAUCAUGGGGCAAUAGAUGUUUAUGUCAGUCAAUUAAGAAAAGUGGAUCUGAAAUCCCAGAAAGGUUCUAUUACAGUCAAGGUACCUGCCUCUCUCAAAGCCUAUCUACAGUUGUCUGGAAGAAAAGUGGAUGUGAGCUCAGAGAUCCAGUUAAAGGAAACACAGAGUGCCUCCAAAGAUGAUCACGUAACUAUAAGUGGUCACAUGAAUCAAAGGAAUGAAACAGACAAAUGGAUUAAGGCUGAUGCACAAAAUGGCAAAGUGUGUCUUAAAAGCCAAAGCUGGAUCCAGUCUGUCAAGCUGAAGAGUUCUUAAAGGUGAAAUAGGCCAAAGAGAUUAAAUCAAAAAAUUGUAAAGGAACAUUUCUGUAAAAUUAUGAAACUUUGUUGGUGUCUAUUCUUAAUAUAAUAGAGAAACAAUAUUAAAAAUGAGGGCAUUUUAACCCAAAAUUUGCCCGUGACAGUGGCUGGUGCUUAACAGGUCUGGUUUACUUUUAGUGCCUUUUAGGAAUUACAAGAUCUUACAU